AUGACGCACUCUAUGGAUCUCCAUUUAGAUUAUGAAUUACCAGAAAAAAUUCACAAAAAUAUAUUAUGUAGAAGAUAUAUGUUCCGAUUGAAUGAACUUAAAGACGAAUGGGCAAUUUUUCGCUUUAAUUACGGAAACGCGGUAGCUAAUAAAUUUGUUUACUAUACAGUGGAUCGCAUUAAUCAAGCGAGCAGACAUACAAGAGCUAUCCGCCAAACCAAAGUCCCAAGAUAUUUUAUCGUUGGUAUGGAAGAUCCGCAUGUUGGUGACGAUAUCAUUGGUGCUUGGAAGCGAAAUGUAUCCGCGGAUUCUAUCGUAGAACUGAAUGGUGCAGGUCAUUAUCCGUAUUUAGAAAAGCCACGAGAAAUGUUUAAUGCGUAUCAAAAUUUCAGGAAAUCUAUAAUGCCUAAUGUGACUAAAUCCAAUUCCGCUCCUCAGUCAAAUGAAUCACCACGGUCUGAGGCUAACAAUAAAUCUGCCACAAAUGCAAAGAAAGACGCAAAAAAUCAGGCGAAAUUGUAA